AUGGCUUCUUCAUUGCCAUCGAUGUCUGAAAAACGAAAGAUGCCAUCGUCAGAUAAUGUUAAUGGAAAUCAACCAAAAAAGAAUCAUUGGUCAGCAGGUUUAUCAGCAGCCGUAGAUGACGAGAGUAUUCAAGUAUACAAAGAUGACUUGUGUACUGUUAUUAACGAUAAAUUUCCAAAAGCUCGCAUUCAUUUACUUGUUAUUCCUAAUGAAAAUAUUACAAAUCUCAAAUCGGUCAAUAAUGCUCAUCUAUCUUUACUAAAACAUAUGCUUAAAGUUGGCAAAGAAACAGCUGAAAAAGUUGCAGCUAAAGCAAAUGCUUGUGGCUCAUUUGCUCAUUUUCGUUAUGGCUAUCAUGCUAUUCCAUCAAUGUCACUUCUUCACAUGCAUGUCAUCAGUCAAGAUUUUAUAUCAGACAGUUUAAAAACAAAAAAACAUUGGAAUUCUUUUACAAGCGAUUAUUUUCUUGAUGCAAGUCAAGUUAUUGAUGAUCUACAAGCAAAUGGUUGUAUUCGUGUUGACACAAUACGAAUGGGAAAACUUCUUGAUAAUGAAUUAAAAUGUCAUCGAUGUUCGAAUAAUUUUAAAACAAUGCCUAAACUUAAACAACAUUUACUGAUGCAUACUUCGUAA